AUUGCACUUGACAACCACGACUAGGAAAGCGGCAGAAAUCAGUCGUCGAAAUCGGAGAUUGAGUAGUGAUCGAAGAUCGAGUAGUGUUCGUUCGGAGUAUUUUCGCGCCAAACUACUCCGACAUCGCGGAAGAUCCUUAUGAGAUUACCGCAACAUAUGUUGCGAGUGCUGGUAAACGUCGCGAGUAUCUUUGCGAACGUGCAAGUCACAGAUUUCAUGGAAUCGCCGGCGAUCAAACGGCGUCUCCCACCAUCCGUCCAGCUUGCAAACUGCGAUACAAUCACGCGUUGAUUAUGCAAUUUAGCUACAAUACGUUCCGCGGUCGCGGGACCGUGACUUUUUAUUACUGAUAAACAAGAAGUAAGAUAAAAGAGUAACACGAUUAUGGACUUGCGUCUGCUUUGCGUAAACGCGGUGGUAAAUAAUGUCAAGACGUACAAAUUCGAUGCACGCGAAGAAAAUGACAGGUGCCACAUACUUAAUAGGAUUUUUGUUAUUGAGAGGAGCAGCUGCGUUGACUGUUGAUAUUGAACAUGAUAUUACUGUGCAUAUGAAUCAUAUAACAUCAGUUCCAUUUAACAUAUCUAAUUAUAAUUUAUCAUCAAAAUUGUCCUUAAACGUCACCACUCAGGACAGUAAUAUUGCGACAUCAAGUUUUCAGUUACAACGUGAAAAUGAUUAUUUUGAUGGCAUUUUAAAUAUUACCGGUGUGUUUCUCGGUAGAACAAAAUUAUUAUUUACUUUGGAAGAAAAUGGGAUUAAAGACAGCCAGGAGGUUUCUCAUAUUAUUGUAGUACGAGAAGAACGUACAAUAGAUACCAUAUUCACUGCCAGUGUUGCAAUACUUGUAUCCAUUUUGUAUAUUAAUUUUGGCUGCGCAAUGGAUUGGAAUAUGUGCCGUGAUUCAUUAAAAAAACCAAUAGGUCCAGCUAUAGGAUUCUUUUGCCAGUUUCUGAUCAUGCCAUUGUUAAGUUUUCUCAUUGGAUCUCUUUUAUUUCCUGACCGUCCUGAACUGCAAAUAGGCAUGUUCUUCACAGGAAUAAGCCCAAGUGGUGGUGCUUCCAAUAUUUGGACGGUAUUACUCGAUGGCAAUUUAAAUCUCUCUGUUACAAUGACUACAAUAUGUACCAUUGCUGCUUUUGGAAUGAUGCCGUUUUGGAUCUUCACAUUGGGCAAACGUAUAUUUGCACAGGGAAACCUUACAGUACCCUACCGUCAAAUUGGCACUUUUGUAAUUGGUCUCAUAAUUCCACUGGUUAUAGGAUUUGUUAUCCAAAGAAAACUUCCAAAAGUAUCAAAGAUGUUGGUUCGGAUAAUGAAACCUUUCUCUAUCAUUUUAAUUAUAUUCAUUGCUAUAUUUGCAGUUUUAACUAAUUUAUACCUUUUCAAACUAUUUUCAUGGAAGAUAGUAAUUGCAGGAAUGGGUCUGCCUUGGUUAGGCUUUACAUUAGGUUUUAUAGUAGCGAAAAUCUGCAAGCAACCCCAAGCCAACAUACGAGCAAUAGCCAUUGAAACAGGUAUUCAGAAUACCGGUGUAGCUAUUUUUUUGUUACGUUUUACAUUAAAGCCACCUGCUGAUGACCUAACUACUGUGCUUCCUGUAUCUACUGCAAUUAUGACACCAAUACCAUUAACAGUUCUAUACAUAAUAAAGUUAAUUUAUCGAUAUAUGCAACAAAACAGAAACAAAAUGGUAUUAGAAAUUGUUCCAUCAUUAGAAAAACUCCAACAAACUACGGACAUUUCUACUAUCACGCAAUUGAAUGAAUCUAAAGUAAUUGAACGAUUGACUGAUAAUUGAUUCAAUUGUGUAGAGUAAUUCCAUGUUUCAAUAACAUUAAAAAAAAUAUAUA